AUGCGAAGGUCAAGGACAAAGCAAAGCACCCGAUUCCCACCACCAUUUAUUGGGGCAGCUUCAACCGAACCAGGGCUCACAGAAGACAUGUCUGAGGGGUGCCAGGCUCUGCCGCUGCCUGAGAUCCAGGCCGUUGUUUGUGACAUGUGUGUGGAUGACAAAAAGCCAGCGUUGAAGACCUGCAUGAAAUGUGAGAUGUCCAUGUGUGCCCAGCACUUGGAGCCGCACCUGACAGUGCCAUUGCUGCUGCAGACACAUACCCUGACUGAACCCAUAGCACCGGGGGCUGGGGGAAUUGGGGCAACCACCAAAUGCCCCCACCAUGGUAAGAUUCUUGAGUACUACUGCUUGGACGACCUAACUAGUGCAUGCAUGUCCUGCGCCAUCGAGGACCAGCAUCGUGUCCACAAUAUGAAGACCCUGCCAAAGGCACACAAAGAGCUGGGAGAGAAGCUGAAGGAAAAGCAGAAGGCUUUGACCCCGAGAGAGAGCCAGAGCCUGGAGCUAGUCAGGUGGGAUAAGGAGCAGAGGGAGAGGUUGGCUAGCUCCAGUGUCCGGCUCAUUGAGGGAGUGUCCGCCCUGCGCGACAUCACCCUGACCAGCGUCCAGAGUUCCGUCUCAGCUCGCGUAAUGUCCAUCAAUACCUCCAAGAGGACCAUGCAGGCUGCCCUGUCUGAUGGGGACUCCUUUCACUUCCUCCAGGGUUAUGAAGGGGUGCACCAGGCUGUGGAGAAGGCCCGAGCUGUGGAUCUGAGGAAGGGGCUGGAGCCUGGGGCCGACCGGGACAAGCUGGUCCAGGAGCUACAACAGAGCGGAGGAAAGCUUGUGGAGCAGACAACACAGCUGUGGAGUUCUCUUCUGGCUCUGGUCGACCCCGAGAACUACCAGGAAAUACAGGGUUCCCCAGGGUUACCUCCCACCACCACAUUGACCUUUGACCCCACAAGCUUGGGAAGGGGCAUGUCUCUUUCCCAGGACCACAGGAAAGUGUUCUACACCCCGCUUGCCAAACUCACCACCCAUACUCUUCUGUGCCAGGAUAGCGGCUCUGAUACCAACCUUAGGUGGGUGGUCAAACUAUCUGAGGACUGUGAUUGGACCGUUGGCUUACGUGUCAAUGUUUCAUCUGCUGGGAAUGUCAAUGUUUUUGCACUGCGCUGGCAGAUGGACCAACUGAGUUCACUGGCAGACUUAAAUUCUCAGUGUAUCUAUCUUCCUGGGAACACUGCAGCUCAACCUGAAGCAAUACCCCGUCCCAUAGAAUUAGAAGUGUUCUGGGACAAAACCUCUAACCCACCAUCCCUGUCCUUCUACAGCAGGGGCAGAUAUCACCAGAGGAUGGCACUGCACAGAAUGGAGAUCCGGCAUGAUCAGGCUGACCUAACUCCCUUUGUCACCCUGAAAACAGGAAGUAGCCCAGCCAGAGCCAGACAGAAGGAAGAGUACAGUCAGUCCAGAGCCAAACACUGUGUAGGUUACAAACGGUCCAUAACCAGAAGUUAUGAAGUGAACAGUCAGCCAGAGCUGCAGUGGGGGUGCCCAUGUGGAGCGGUCCAUGAAGAAGUCAAGACUCAGCAGCAGCAGUCUUUCUACCACCUGCAUGUGUCUCACCAGGGUUCCAUGUGCACAUGUGGGAGGGUUAUCGGUACGCCGUAUAUGGGGGUGUUCUGUGAGCUGGUAUAAUGUCUACACUCUUAGAAAAAAAAAGUUGCUAUUUAGAACCUUAAAGGGUUCUUUGUCUGUCCCCAUAGGAUAACCCUUUGAAGAACCCUUUUUGGUUGUAGGUAGAACACUUUUGGGUUCCAUGUAGAAGUUUGGAUCCUGGCUAGUGUUAACAAAUAAUUGUGAGCAAAUUUUUCUUGUUUUUUCCUUGUGAGGGGCUGAGGUAGGCCGUUAUUGUAAAUAAGAAUUUGUUCUUAACUGACUUGCCUAGUUAAAAUUUUUUAAAGGCAUGUUCUGAUUUUCAUAACAAUUUGACAUUUUAACAAGCAGUACAAUUAAUAUCUGUACUGUAUUUUGUAUAAAUGUGUGGUUCUUUAAUUGUCAUGUUGAGAUUCAAUGUUAAAAUGAAAAAUAAACAAUUAACUCUAAAACAUAAAUCAUAUGGAAUGCUCUUUAUUGGUCAGAAGUGACAAGACUGAAAAAAAAGUGUCUUAA